UAUUUGCAUGAUGAAAAUGGCCGUCUCAUCUCCAUCCUUUCUCCUCUUCAUCAUCCUCUCUUUAGCUGUCGUCGCCUUCCCCCAGCACCGCUCCACCCACCUGCACUUUUAUGUCCUAUCACGCUUCUUUGGAUCCCCCAAUCCGACUGUCACGUUUUCGGUGAUCCUGCACCUGGAAUCCCCCAUGGAGGACUUCGGCAACCUUGGGGUGUUUGACGACAUUAUCAUCGCAGGGCUCGACCCAAGCUCUCCGGUCAUCGGUCGGGCACAAGGGUCUACUGCUAACACAGAUUUGACUGGUCAUAGUUCAACUUCAACUAUAAACUUGGUCUUCACCGCCGGGGAGUACAACGGGAGUUCGUUGAUGGUCUUAGGGAGGGUCCUGAUGGGGGGUAUGUCAGAUCGAAGCAUCACCGGCGGCACUGGACUAUUUCGCCUAGCGAGGGGCUACGUCCUGAGCCAAGUAGUCAAUGUCACGGGCACAACAGUGAGUUUCGAGUUCGAUGUUUAUGUCACACACCAUGAGUAUCAACUAUAAUCAUCAAUUAGACAUCGAGAGUAAUAAUUAAAGUUAUCGAAUAUCUUGGAAUUCAUAUGGAGAACAUUGCUGUUUCUUAAAACAUCUUAGUGUGUCACAUCGCUAGCUCCUAUUCUUAUGUUAUUGUGAGCUCUUCCUGUAUUCUUAAGUUAUACCGU